GGACUGGGCACGGGAGCUCUGCGGCAUGGACAGCCGCGUGGUCUUCUCAGUGGCAUCUCGGGCAACCCUGCAAACACUGCCCUGCUCUUUCUUCCUCCCGGUAGCCGCGCUCUCGCCCUUCUCCGGGACGCGCCGCAUAGGCCACCCCUACCAAAACAGGACCCCUCCGAAGCGAAAGAAGCCGCGCACGUCCUUCUCCCGCUCACAGGUGUUGGAGCUGGAGCGGCGCUUCCUGCGCCAGAAGUACCUGGCCUCAGCGGAGAGGGCGGCGCUGGCCAAGGCCUUGCGCAUGACCGACGCGCAGGUCAAAACGUGGUUCCAGAACCGACGCACCAAGUGGCGGCGCCAGACCGCGGAAGAGCGCGAGGCUGAGCGGCACCGCGCCGGCCGGCUGCUCCUGCACCUGCAGCAGGACGCGCUGCCACGGCCGCUGCGGCCGCCGCUGCCCCCGGACCCCCUCUGCCUGCACAACUCGUCGCUCUUCGCGCUGCAGAACCUACAGCCCUGGGCCGAGGACAACAAAGUGGCUUCCGUGUCUGGGCUCGCCUCAGUGGUGUGAGCGACGCCCGUCCGAUCGGCGUGGAGCGCAGGGCCCGGAAUGGUGGAGCGCGCAGCUGCUUGUGCCCAUGGUCUGGUGGCAGCCGGGUGCGUGAGGAACGGCAGUCCUUGAGGCUGUCGUCGAGGGUUCCUCCGCCACCGGCCGGCUCCCAGGCCAGUUUUGCGUGGAUGCACAGCCAGCUCAGAGGUGGCUUUCCCGCCAUUUUUCACUUCAAGGCCGUUACGCUGCCGCUGGAACCAGAGGCGCCGAGAGGGCGGGACCUGUAGGACAGUAGCCAGUGAGGUGCAGGGAGAGGGAGGGCUGGCCAAUGGGAGCUGCUUUAAUGACGGACUCGGAAUUUUCUGGCGGGUGGUUGGGAGCUGGGGCUCUGCGGGGCGCUAGGGGCGCGGUGCCGGUGGGGUCUGUACCAAAGGUGUGAAGGAAGGAAGGUGCCAAUGACGGCGGAGCACUGGAGGGGGUGCUGGAGCGCAAGAGGCUGGUUGAUUGUGACUGGAACCAGAGGGUUGUCCACCCUGGGCGUCUCAUCCCUCAACUGUAAAAUAAUCGCUAAGGAUUUAUUUCUUCUUGACUUUGAGCCUUGCAUUGUCAUAUGUGUUCAGCCUGCUGGCCACAUCCUCUGGCAACACGCCUGGGCAGGAGGCAAGUCGUUUACUUAUACACCCAACGAAAGAGAAAAUCUAGAAAGAAAAUCUGGCUCUGGUGUCACAUUGGGACAGAGAAGGGAGAGGAGGAAACAAUGGACAAAGUUAAUGGGCCCAGUGGAAUUAGGGUGAACAGAAUUUGGAAAAUACUUUGGAAAUGAGAAGCUUAAGAAGAAUCAAAGGUAAUUCCAAGACUGGAAAUGUGCAGCCUCAGGAAAUCAAUGGUGCUGUGGAUGCUGAAAGGGAAAUUGGGAAGAUUGGAGCAAGAUUUACUGUAUAGGCAAAACUAAAUGUUAUACCUACAGAGAAAAAAUCCUGGAGAAGUGCCUUUGAGGGAGAUCAGCUGACAUCCACAUAGAGGUUGACUUAGAUAGAAUGAAUGAGAACAGAUAGAAUCUCUGAGGGAGGAAACUCUGAGGAGAAAAGCAGAGUUCUAAGGACUAAACCUUUCCACCAAAUUCGACAACCACGUUUGCAAUGUGCAAGAUGAUGGAGAAUACCUAAGUCCGAGGGCAGGUGGGACAGACUGGCUCAUGCCUGUAUUUCCCAGCACUUUGGGAGACUGAGGAGGGAGGAUCACAAGGUCAGAAGAUUGAGACCAUCCUGACUAACACAGUGAAACCCUGUCUCUACAAAAAAUUAGCCAGGUGUGGUGGCACAUGCCUAUAGUCCCAGCUACUCUGGAGGCUGAAGCAGGAGAAUUGCUUGAACCCAGGAUAUGGAGGUGCAAUGAGCCAAGAUCACGCCACUGCACUCCAGCAUUGGCAACAGAGCAGACUCCAUCU